AUUGGCCAGGAGCGGGCCUGGCAGCAGGUGGGUGUACCUGCAGCAGCUGCGUCUCUGUGACCCAGGACACAGACGCGUAGAGGACCGUUUCAGGUGGUUGCUGCUGACUGGUUCUGUGUAAGUUGUUCCUCCGGCGCCAUGGAUCCUGACUUCCUCGCCUCUUCUGUGAGUAACCCUGAGCAGGACAUGUGGUGGGGGACCCUCGGAACCAUCCGGCCCUUCUCCAGCUUCCACCCUGACAGGGAUGUGGCGGAGAUCCAGGCGGCGCUGCAGAGGAAAGACGCCGUGACGCUGGUGAGGAUCCUGACCAACCGCAGCAACGCCCAGAGACAAUUCAUCGCCAAGAGCUUCCAGGAGCAAACAAAGCCGGAGAGCAGACAGGACCUGAGUGCAGCUCUGAAGAAGGCUCUCUCUGGAGACCUGGAGAACCUGCUGCUGCAGCUGCUGAUGCUGCCGGACCAGCUGGAGGCCCACCGGCUGAAGGACGCCAUGGCGGGUUUGGGCACGGAUGAGGAAACGCUGCUGGAGAUCCUGUGUACGCGCUCUGGACAGAAGCUGCAGGACAUCAGUGCUGCCUACAAGAAGAGUUACAAGAAGGAUCUGGAGAAGGAGCUGAGAUCAGAGACCAGCGGAGACUUUGCCAAGCUGGUUGUGGCUCUGCUGAAGAAAGACGUUGCUGCAGGUUCUGUUCAGAGAGACGUUCAGGCUCUCGCUGCGUCUCUGAGUGGGAAGAAGGCCGAAGCAGAACCGUGGAUCACCAUCCUGACGUCCAGAGACGCGGAUCACCUGAAUAAAGUGCUGAUGGAGCUGGAGCUGGAGACCGGGCAGACGGUGGACCAGUUGGUGGAGAAAAGCUUCUCAGGAGACUUUCGACUCGGCCUGAGAGUUUUAGUUCAGUGCAUCCAGAACCCCGAGGUCUACCUGGCCCAGAGACUGCUCACCAUGAAGACACCGUUGGUUCAGGGGAUCAUGGUGUCCCACAGCGAGGAGGACCUCCUGCAAAUCCGAGCGGCGUUCCUCAGACUGAACGGCUGCUCUUUGUACUCGGCCCUGCAGAAACAUUUUAAAGGAGAACAUCUGCAGGCUCUGCAGGCCAUCUGUCGAUCUGAAGAUUAAACUGAAGCAGCAGGAACCAGUUUAUUAUUAAUGAUGUUUCUGACUUUCAUCUGUAAGCUUUACCACUUUGUGCUGUCGAACCAGCUUGGUUCAUUGUUUUUAUUGUUCUGCCUCCUGAUCUCAUUAAAACAUGAAGAACCUUCAUAAACAAUCA